AUGGUGCCGGCGAUGUCACGCAAAAACCGAGUGUGGUCGCGGAGAGAAAUCGAGGGAUUGAUAGCAGACGGGCGAAAGAUAAUCAUAUUGGGAGAUCAGGUGCUGAAGGUCGACACGUGGAUCCCAUAUCACCCAGGCGGGAAUAAAUCAAUCUUGCACAUGGUCGGUCGGGAUGCCACAGACGAAAUAACAGCUUUGCACUCAAAGGAAGCUCAGGCACAUAUGCAGAAAUAUGUGAUAGGCACAAUCAAUGGACGAUGGGAGAACUUUCUGCCUCCGAUCCAGGGAGGAAUAUUCAGACCCCUAGCAUCGAAGGGCGUCGACGACGAAACGCUCGAUGCCGAAGAAGAUAUCAGCUCAUCUGGAAAAUCGACACCACCGUCACCAGUCUUCGAUCCGGUAGAGAAAGGAGAUGGAGUUCGUCGGAGGCGUACAGGCACUGAAACGCCCAUUUCCCGAGCUUCAUCCGUAUACUCAUCAGAGCUGGAGUUGGCGCCAUUCGGAUCUGCAGAAGCAUCAAUAGCCCACGCGAUAUCAUCAGAUCUUUCAAAAUAUCCUCGUCUUGAUCAAAAGUCACAAGACGAAGUCGUCACAAAGUACCGCCAGCUCGAUGCAAAGCUGCAAUCCGAAGGACUCUACGAUUGCCCAUAUAGCUCCUACGCUGUUGAAUUCAUCCGAUACUCUGUCCUUUGCGUUCUGUUCUUGACAUCUCUUCACUAUUCCUAUUACGCUUUGUCAGGCCUUUUCCUCGGGCUACUCUGGCAUCUGCUUGCAUUCACUGUUCACGACGCCGGUCACCUAAGCAUAACCCAUGGAUUCCAUACAGACAGCUGCAUCGGGAUCUUCGUCGCAGAUUUCCUUGGUGGUCUCUCGGUCGGCUGGUGGAAGCGGAAUCACAAUGUGCAUCACAUCGCAACCAACUCGCCCGAGCACGAUCCGGACAUCCAGCACAUGCCAUUUUUUGCAAUCUCUUCUCGAUUCUUUACUUCCCUGCGCUCGACCUACUACGACCGUGAUAUGAACCUCGACGCUGCAGCACGAUUUUUUAUCAAGUACCAGCAUUACCUCUACUAUCCCAUACUUUUAUUCGGUCGUUUCAACCUGUACCGCCUAGCAUGGUCAUACCUACUCGAUCCGGCGCAAGCGCCCCGGAAAGGGUCGGCAUGGUGGCAUCGCUACCUGGAAAUGGCCGGCCAGGUGUUUUUCUGGUACUGGUAUGGCUACCGGACGCUAUACCUGUCGAUCCCAACGUGGUCAUCCCGCAUCACGUUUCUGCUCAUCUCGCAUAUGGUCACUGCCCCGUUGCACGUCCAACUCACCCUCAGUCACUUCGCCAUGUCGAGCGCCGAUGUAGGCGUCCACGAGUCAUUUGCACAGAAGAUGGUGCGGACGACAAUGGACGUCGAUUGCCCGUCCUGGUUGGACUUUAUCCAUGGCGGUCUCAAUUUCCAAGUCGUGCACCAUUUGUUCCCUCGCCUCCCGAGACAUAACUUGCGUCGCGCGCAGCCGUACGUCAAGGAGUUCUGCCAGGACGUCGGAAUGCCGUACGUCAUUUUUGGUUUCACGCGGGGAAACAAGGAAGUCAUUAGCAGACUUGGCGAGGUUGCUGAGCAAUUGAGGGUGUUGGAAGAAUGCCGAAAGGUUGCUGCGAGGGAUUUAGUCGAAGGUCGCCACGGCCAUUGA